UACCAUUUAAAAUCAGACUCUUUUUGUCUUUUGAUUGCUGUCUCCCGCCCCAACUCUGAUGUGCUCCGUUAUCAGCGACCAGCAGCCUGCCGCUCCAGCCCCCGUCUGGGUGGGGACCGGCGGAGAGUCCCCCGCAGCAGCAGCAGCAGCGGCGGCGGCGGCGGCAGCGGGCAGGGUUCUAUAGGAAGAGAAAGAGCGAGGCAGAGAGCACAGGCACACACACACUCUCGCACACUCGCGCGCGCAGACCCGCACGGGGACGGCUUGGAAGUCACUGGGUUCCAUGGACGAAAUGCUGCUGCUGGCGAGAUGUCUGCUGGUGGCGCUUAUCUCCUCGCUGCUGAUGGGCUCGGGGCUGGCGUGCGGACCCGGCAGGGGAUUUGGGAAGAGGAGGCACCCCAAAAAGCUGACCCCUUUAGCCUACAAGCAGUUUAUCCCCAACGUGGCCGAGAAGACCCUAGGGGCCAGUGGAAGAUAUGAAGGGAAGAUCUCGAGAAACUCGGAGCGAUUUAAGGAACUCACCCCCAAUUACAACCCCGACAUCAUAUUUAAGGAUGAGGAGAACACCGGAGCGGACCGGCUGAUGACUCAGAGGUGUAAGGACAAGUUAAAUGCUUUGGCCAUCUCGGUGAUGAAUCAGUGGCCUGGAGUGAAGCUUCGGGUGACCGAGGGCUGGGACGAGGACGGCCACCACUCAGAGGAGUCGCUGCACUACGAAGGCCGCGCUGUGGACAUCACCACAUCUGACCGUGACCGCAGCAAGUACGGCAUGCUGGCGCGCCUGGCAGUGGAGGCCGGCUUCGACUGGGUGUACUACGAGUCUAAAGCCCACAUCCACUGCUCCGUGAAAGCAGAGAACUCCGUGGCGGCCAAGUCCGGCGGCUGCUUCCCGGGCUCGGCCACGGUGCACCUGGAGCAGGGCGGCACCAAGCUGGUGAAGGACCUGCGGCCCGGGGACCGCGUGCUGUCGGCCGACGAGCAGGGCCGGCUGCUCUACAGCGACUUCCUCACCUUCCUGGACCGCGACGACGGCGCCAGGAAGCUCUUCUACGUGAUCGAGACGCGGGAGCCGCGCGAGCGCCUGCUGCUGACCGCCGCGCACCUGCUCUUCGUGGCGCCGCACAACGACUCGGGCGCCGGGCGGCCGCCGGGGGGCGCGCCGGGCCGCCGGGCGCUCUUCGCCAGCCGCGUGCGGCCCGGGCAGCGCGUGUACGUGGUGGCCGAGCGCGGCGGGGACCGGCGGCUGCUGCCGGCCGCCGUGCACAGCGUGACGCUGCGCGAGGGCCACGCGCUCACGGCGCACGGCACCAUCCUCAUCAACCGGGUGCUGGCGUCGUGCUACGCGGUCAUCGAGGAGCACGGCUGGGCGCACCGCGCCUUCGCGCCCUUCCGCCUGGCGCACGCGCUGCUGGCCGCGCUGGCGCCCGUAAAGAUCCCAGGAAUCAGCACGGAGAGGCGGGGAUACGCCGUCAUCGUGGAAGUGAAGGACCCCGCAGCACUCAGCCUCCAGAGGGGCGGCUCCCGGACUCAUCUUGGGGAACAGACGGAGCGGCCACAGAGCUACUGA